AAAAAUGAAAGGAAAACCCCACCGAUAAUAAGAAACGAAUUGUCGUUUUCUAGAUUGGAGGGAGAAACUCCCCUUUUUAACUUAAGCUGCAACUGUCUCCUCUCCACCCUCAAUCCACAACAGAAAAAACUCCUUCCUUUUGUCAACCACGGAUACAACCCGCCUCAGCAAAUCAAAACUGCAACAGCCAAAGAAAACGAAAGCCGAAACUUCAUUUCAAUCUGAUGCACAAAGGGAGAGAGAAUCAAUACCCCAAUCUAAUUCCUUUCGAUUGACGUUUCUUUUUACGAAAAUGCGUUGCGCGGAGUCGAAGCAUGCUGUUGCCACAGGAAACACCAUUACUGAAAACAGGAGUUUCGAGCACCAAUCCCCAGAAGAACAAACAAGUGGAACAGAAUGUUUCCUCAGAUGGAAGCAGUUGGGAAUGGCGCAGCAUUACUCGUGCGGCGCGGCAUUACCCGUGCAACAAGGAAUCAAUAAUGCGGUGAGCCAGGAUACAGGAACUGCGGCUGAUGUUAAGGACAUAACUGAACAUCCCGAGCCUGAACAAGAAGAAGAGAACAAAGAAGAAGAAGAAACAAAGGCCGAGGAUGAAGACAGAGAGGAAGAGAAGCGUGUAGAGGAAGAAAAGGAGAUUGAGCUUGAGCUGGAGCAGGAGCUAGAGCCUGAGACAGAACCGCUAGCAGAAGAGGAAGAGGCAGAGCCAGGGAGGUUCACAUCCCACGACUCGCCAGAUCAUUACUUCUCUCCCAGAAGAGACGAGGAAGUGCCGGAAGGGAUCGUGUCUGAGGGCCUCUCCUCCGAGUACAACUUGCCUCGGCAUGAACAGGUGAAGGAGGGCGAGUAUGAUAAAGUGGUGGUGGAAGAGAAGAAUCCAACUGGACUGGAAAAGGAAGAGGAAUUGAGGAAGAAGGAAGAUGACUCCGCUCCUGAUGAGCGGACUCUCGAUCGCUGAUGAACCUUAUAUCAUAUUAUGCAUUAGAUGCUGAAGAACACAAAACCACACUGCUGUUUGGCUGUACAUUGGAAACGAAUGGACAGUGUAUACCAGGCAUCGUUGACUUUGUCGCAGUCAAAUUACGCUGCAAUAUCCUAUCGAAACAGUAUCACCAUGUCUAGCAAACUAGCUUUUGGCCAUCUCUGGGGAUAGUCUUCUCUGUUGAUAGUUUCAAGGAUUUCUCCAACAGAAAUCAAACCAAGUGACAACACAAACCGCUGUAUUUUUUCAGGAGGAGGUUGCUAAAGAUUUCAGCAUUCCGGUGCACAUUUCUCAGAACUGUUUCUCAUGCACAUUUUUUUUUUCUUUUUUGGUUUAAUUUCUGUUUAGCUUCUGUUGGGUAAUCAUUUAGCCUUUUAAGUCCGCGUAAUGUUGUGUUAAUGUGGUGCACUACCUGCUUUCUAUUAUCUGGUACUUGAGUUUUUGUUAUCACUUAGUUGAUUAUUCUGGUGUAAGAGUGGAAAAUAAUGAGGACGAUGCUUGUUCAGCUUAUUCUUGGAGGAGUUAAUUGUUCUUCAGAGUGAUAGGUUUUAAUUUUCACUUACCUGCAUAGGAAGGAUAUCUUUUGAUCAUGCAUUUUAUUGGCAGAGAUGCUUCCUUUUUUCGGUUUUUCCCUUUUGUUCUUUCGUUUUUCUUUUUAAAUUUUCCGUGCUGCUUAUGUUCAUUUCGUCGUGCUUUAUCCGCUGUUUCAAUGCCUUUUGUUUUGGGUCUUUACUUCUUUCCCACUGUAUUUGUUUUUCUUUUUGAUAAACUGUAGGUAGGACAGCCGAGAGAAGUCUCAAAUAGACAGCUGAGAGAAGUGUCAAAUAAAGUUCCGAAUGCCGAAUUGAAGUUUUUCUUGGAAGUAGAAUUUGGGCUGGAUAUGCACCCCAUUGCCCCACCCGACAAGUCAAAGGAAGAUAUAUUAUUGUUCUUUAAGCCACUAACGAGGCUUUGAGGCUUUGAUGCUUUUUUGGACGAUCGCAAGUGCAGAUUCUGCAUGAUUUGGUUUUGUUUGAUUGGCGCUUGAUCGCUGGCGGCAUUUCUGGGGCAUAUUAUCAGCUUGGACGUUAGCUUUUUCCCAGACUGGGAGGAACGUGCUCGUGUUUUUGGUGGUGGAAGUGUUUUUUCAUCCACAGGGUUGUGGUAAAUGUCGAGUUUUGUCCGUGGAUUGAUCGAGGAGUGGCAUUUCGUUCGACUUGAUAGGGGAAAAAAGGGAAGAAAUUGGUCUGCUUUCGAUUUGUUUAGUGCCUGGAUUUAUGAAUUAUGCCUGACGGGAGAUGCUGGUUCAGAAUGUUUGUGUCGGAAAAUAUGUGUGAUGAUUGAUCAAGUAGAGUGAGUUUCUGGGCUAAGGAUUUGAUAGGGCUCAUUGGGAGAUGAGUACAUGUUCUGGCGGUUUUUCAAAAAACAGCCAUGUUUGUGGCAUUAGGCUGGGUGGAUAUGGGGACAGAUGAACUGGGUAAGCAUCGCCAAAGCAUGCAUUUGUGACUACAUUGGGAAGCUACAGCACAGCCAAAUGAGCAUUUUCAAAUGUCUAGAUUGACUAGAUGACCUGUCCGAGGUUAAUGAUGAGUUCAGGCUAGUAAUACUUGGUAUUGGCUUCCUGCUGCUUUUAUAUUCCAGAAUUAAUUAGGUGGACACCUAAUCUAGUUCACUCUUUUUCAAUGUGUUGUUGAGUUGCUCUCAGGUAGCAGCUUUUGCAUGUUGAUGCAUUUAAAAAAAAAAAAACCUUAUUUUAGCUUGUUUUGCUGUCUCAUUGUUGUGGUUGGUGAUGCUGAUAGUAGCAUCUCCAUUAGCUUCUGAAGGUUCUUGAGGUUUGAUGUUGGUCUAAUAAUCGCUAGUAAUCUACUGGUCUGAAAACUCUGUAAAUUUUCUGGGGCAAAUUACGUAUUGCUCCCCAAGUUUUAAAGUUGUUGCAAAUUGGCCCGUGAUGUUUCAUUUUUUGCAAUUGGCCCAUGAAUUUAGAAAUAGAUUGCAAUUCGUUCCCUGGAUUGACUUCAAUCAAUUUCAACUUCGAGAUCCAACAAUGUGACUGAUUAC